GGCUGAAAGGAAAGAUUAGAAAAGUUAGUUAUCUGAGAAGUUACUCAACGUUUUAAACUGGAAAAAAAUCAUCAUCAUCAUCAGGUCUCUCCCAUCUUUUACAUUUUUUAUGGAGGAUGAAUACAGUUGAGGGGACGAGCAAGGCCCAAGAUAGUUAUACAUUAUUUUUGUCCAUUUGGACCAAACCCUCUGCAGAGAUCACUAGACAAUCCUAAGAGAUGACUUCCAGAGUCUGUGUUUCGGUUCAGAAGGCUUGUCUCCACUGCUGCGUUUCUCUGCAGUCACUAACGGAUAUAUGUGAACCACUCUGAAGUAAAACUUACGUCGUUUCGCUCAAGGUAAGCGCGCUGAAGGUAAACCUACAGACCCAUCCAGAGUGAGCCUUUGGCAAAUCCCUCUGCACUAUAACCAAAUAGUCUCGCACCUUGUCUAGACCUCUGGGUCCCAACGUGGACGGUGCUGCUCUGCAGGGGAAAGCACCGCUGCUUUGUGGGAAAAACAACGUGCCCUAGGACAGGAGGUAUAAAAUGAGGCCCCCCGGACCAUCGGGACCCAGGCGGGUUUCAGCCUGCGGCAAGGCGAUCAGCCCUCGGAACUCUGUGACACCUGUGCUGCGUCACAAGGCGCUGCGCAGCCCAAGAAGGGUGGCAGAGGCCCCGGGGUUGCCCAGAGUGGCUGCUGGACAGCCCGAGGGUAGCUCCUGAGCCCAGUGCAGGAUGGAGCUUCUGGGGACCACGCAGCUAGCCAGUUACUGUGGCACAAAGAAGAGCUGCCUGUUCCCGGAUCUAGCUCCCACUAGCACUACCAAGGACACCUAUCAGUCCUACUACCUACCAGGCUACCGCUACCUCAGCUCCUGGAGGCCCAGUCUGCUUCACAAAGUGGUUUCAGUCCCUCCUGGCUCUAACAAGCAAUGUAAUCCCACUGGACGGCCGCCCACUGUUCUGCCUGCAUUACGCUCUGCCCUGCAUGCCCGCUACAGCACUCGUGACUGGCACCAGGAGAACAUGGUUCAAUUAAAAGGCUCUGAAGCCUCCAGGUGCUGUGCUGGUAGACUGAACGCUGAUUCAAUGAGACUGAUACAAGAUAAGGAUCAACUGACUUAUCAGAUGCAAGAAGACAGUAGAAGAAACCUGGGAGAGAGGAUCUCCAGCAUUGAUUUCUGGAGAUCUGAGCUCACCUAUGAGCUAGAGUGUCUGCUGAAAGAGGCUCAAGCUUUGGAAACAGCAAAGAACCGUCUCGAAUGUGCUGCAGAUGAAAUGCAAGGACCACUGAAGAUAGCCCUAGAAUGCUUGUACCACCGUGAGAAGCGGAAGGGUAUAGACUUAGUUCAUGACGAUGUGGAAAAGAACCUCAUGAAGGAAGUUGAUGUAUUCAAGGACUGUCAAGAAAUAUUGACAAAAAUUGCACAGAAAAUCAGUCAACAGCUGGGCAUCAUCAGAGAUGCACAGCAUGCCCUGGAGCAGGAUCUUUCUGACAAAAACUCAGCCCAUUUUAUUGAUGAGAAGUGCUUUAACCUCAGGAACACAUCGGACAGCAUCAACUUUUACCAUGGAGUGGAAAAAGCAGAUGGAUCUGUUUCAGUUCCUGCAACAUGGGCUAAAUUCAGUGAAUACAAUAUCAGGUGCUCUCAACAUGCAAGGGCCAACUCUGUCAAGCUCCGAGAGGAUGCAGAGGUUGGACUGGAGAGCACAUCUGAGGAGAUGUGGAAUCAUUUCAUCAGUACAAACUUGGCCUUUAAUAAUCGUAUUGCUGAAGUAGCUGAUGCGAAGAACAAACUCCAAGCACAACUGGCCAAGAUACUUCAGGAAAUCUUCCAGACAGAAGAUACAAUCCUGUUACUGGAGAGAUCCAUAAAGGCAAAGGAGUACCCACUGAAAGUGGCUCAGACCCGCCUGGAGGGAAGAACUAGACGACCCAAUAUAGAACUUUGCCGUGAUGCACCUCAGUUUCAGCUUGUCACUGAAGUUUACACUAUAGAUAACACCUUACAGACCUUAAAGCAACGUCUGCAAGAAGCCCAUGAUACUCUGCAGAUGCUGAUCCUCAACAAAUCAAAGCUGGAACAUGAAAUUUCUGUGAAGGCAAACUCUUUCUUCAUUGACAAGAAGUGUAUGGACAUGCGCAAAGUCUUCCCCAGCACCCCACGGCUCAUUGGUUACACUUGAAUAGUGACCUUUGAUAUCUUAGCGCAUGAUAUAAAAGUUGCAAAAGGUUACAAAUAUCUCCUGAAGGAAAUCAUUAUUAUUCUGUUUUCUCA